AUGUCUCCCCUCAACCGCCCAGUGCCUUCUUCCUUUUGCCUGGAGCCCACAUACUUGAACCACAGCAGCAGCAGCAGCAGCAGCAGCAGUAGCAGCAGCAGCAGCAGGGGCCAAGCGUGGGACAAAGGCGACUUCAGCAACAGCAAAGGGGAGCUGCUGCUGCUGGCAACUUGCCUUUCCCCUGCACACAUUGACGCUGUUGCUGCUACUCUGGAGGAGUUUUUUUUAUUAUUUUAA